UCACCGUCUAAAUUUAGAAUUUUCUUGUAACAUAUGUUUAUUAGUGGGGGAGAUUUUCUAUAUAUAGUGGGUUUGGUGUAAAAUGCGCCAUUCUUUAAACCACCUCCGAUGAGCACGGCUCGACUCUUCUCUCCGAAUUUUUAUAAAUACACACGCCGAAGAACCAUGUCGUCGGAGAUACAGUGCAACAACAUCACCAGCUCCAAGAAGAACAAGCGCACCACCAAAGCAGUCAAACACUCCAAGUCUUUAGACGCUAUAAAGAAAAUCAUCACAGAAACCUCAGAUAUUGAGAAUUGUCCGAAUACCAGCGACAAAACGGCAAUCCUGAAAUUAGUCAAACGGAACCUGCAGAAAAUGUGCUUGACAAAGUCCGGGCCUCAAACUGAAAUAGUUGCGCUUCACGACAAUAUAUUGAGCAACAAUUCGGAUGGUGCCACCAAUAUCAUUCAAGUUUUCCGAUACGAGAACAGGAGUCGCUCCACCAAGGAGCUCUUAAGGAAGACCAUUCUUGAACGGAGGAAGUGUUCGGAAUAUGACAACCUGCACGCUGAUUAUAUGCAGAAGCAGAAGAUCUGGAGACCUUGGUAAGGUCCCGCCACGAAUGUUUUUUUUUAUUACUGUUUAUUUCCUUCGAAAGGGACCAAUCGAUAUUGA